AUGGUGUCGCUGUAUUAUGCUCUGCCUAAAGAAAAGGAGAGUGACUGUCAGAAGUUUAACAUGACAGUGCAGCUCCUGCCAGAGAAACUGGACGAGGAUGAGAAGAUAUACAAACUGAGAAUAGAGGUUUUGUAUAAGGACAAGGUGCGAGAUGCAACCAUGUCAAUCUUGGAUAUUGGCUUGCUAACUGGCUUUACUGCUAACACAAAUGACCUGGACUAGUAAGACCCUUUACAGAUACACACAUA